GAAGGCUUCAUCAGCAAAGUAUUUCCUAUCAUCACAACACUUCAAUCAUCUCAACGAUCUUCUACAACAACUUACAAACCCUUCUCAAACUCUUCACACUUCGAGUCUCUCAAGCCAACCAUCAAAAUGCGUUUCUCCACCAUCGCUUCUGUCCCCCUCCUAUUUCUCUCUGCCCUUACCUCGGCCGCUCCAACUGCAAUCCCAGAAGCAGCCAUUGAUGCCCGCGCUGCCUCUACCCAGAUCUACUACCUCGUUAACUGCUUCAACAACAACACCUUCGCAGCCUACGCUGAGAUCGACUACUACCCAACCAAGUCUUUGUCUCUCGCUGGCCAGACCCCAAGCAAGACAGCUGUUCUCAGCACUUCUGACUCCAUUGACUACGAAGAUGGAACUUGGAAAGCCACUACUCCUUUCAAGGCGACUGUUGUCAUUGGCGAGGAUGCUUACACCGCCAAGGCAGGUGCUACUGUUGGUAGCGCAACUGUCAGCACCUCUACCACUGCCUUGAAGUGUAUCCGUCUUGCAAGAUUUGUCUUGUACGAGCCAGAGGCUAUUGAGCAAUGUUACACCGACUAUGCUUGCGAGGCAUAGAGAGUCUCUCGACAUCUUGAGUUCUUCAAUCAGCCCCUGCACUGAAAGGAAGAUGAUAAAUGAUGAAAGAGCUCAAACUUGAUUUAGACAAUAGACGACUUGGAAACGAUAACUGAUAAUGGACGAACGAUGAAUGGCGAAUAAAAGAUAGACGAAUGAUGAUUAGAGAGAUUGACGAGUUAAUGAUUACGAUUGGGCACAUUCUUUUGGACUUGGGCGAAGGAAUAUAGUUUAGAUAAAAAAAAUUGAAUGAACGGUGUUUUUCA